AUGUCAUGUAGAGGAAAACUUAUGCUAGAAUUAGCAUUAAAGGCUAAGGAAAACAGUGAAGAAAACCCUGAGGAAAAUAGUACAGGAUGUGAACUUCCUGUUGACCCUCAAAUCAAUGAUGACCAUCUGUUGCCAUCAGCAAGCAUUACGGGUGCAAGCUCUGCUUCAAAUAACAGGAAGUCUUCUUCUAGUAGUGACUCGUCCUCUAGUAGUGACUCGUCUUCUAGCAGUGAAUCAUCUUCUAGCAGUGACUCAGAAACUGAAGAUAUUGACACAGAUGAUUCCGUGAAAGAUAAGGACUAUAUCCCAAGCAAAGAGGAAGAAGAGAGUUUUAACCUUGAAGAGAAGGACGCAGUUGAUACAAUUCCUGUACUAAACACACUUGAUAUCAAUGACCGGCCAAUAAGAACAGCUUUAGCAAAGCAAAGCAGAGUUGCUAAUGUUCUUAUGGAACCUGAUAAGAGAGGCCAACAUGGUAAUCAAGUAACUGUUGAUCCUGAAAUUAGGAAAGGCGUCAAGGCACAUAUUGAGUCUAUCCCUCAGAUAGAGAGUCACUAUACGAGAGCUACAUCAAGUAGGACAUUCAUAUGCGGCUCUAAAACAAUUGCAGAAAUUCACCGCGAUUAUGUUGAGAAGUCCAAACAACAAAAGGAGGGCACGGUGGAUGUGGUGGUGGAUGUGGGCGGCACAAGUGGCUCCCUCCCUUCCUCCUUCACUUAUGACGUCUCACUGUCACCCACCAUCAUUGGCCUUUCCCUCCACACCCUCUCCCUCUUUGGUGAGUCAAGAGGAACAAACUUUGGCACUUCAGGAUCAGUUCAUAUCGGAUCAGAGCUGUGUUAUACGACUCAUUGGAGUAACAUCAGCGUGAGCUGUCUUACCCCGGCACUGUCGGCUGGCACUCAUACCCUGGUACUCUCCGCUGAUGGCUUUGGUGCUGCUGCCAGGGAAGUGGAGUACGUACUGCAGGUGACCUCGGCCUCAGCUACCCAGGGGUCAGUGAAGGGUGGCACGCUGGUCAGGCUGGAUGGCACAGGCUUCAGCUCGGAUUGUUCCCGCCUCAAGGUGAAGCUGGGCCAGGUGUAUGAGUGUGAGGUGCUGCAGUGCUCCGAUGAGGCCCUCACCUGCAUCACCAGGCCCAUCACCACCAACCACAGGAUUGUGAAUGUUGGCACCAGCUCUGAGACUGUAUCAUGGUAUCCUCGUGUGCUGGAGGUAGUGGAGGGAGACUCAGUAACCUGGCAGUGGAGUAAGGUGUCUGAGAACUCACAGCUGCAGUACGGAGUGUGUGAGGUGGCCAGCCCUGUGGAUAACUGUGAGGACGCUGAUGGUUCUGGCUUCUUCUCAGGGACACAGACUGCUGCAGGCUCUUUCACAGUGGCCUUCCCCCAGCAAGGCAUCCACUAUUAUGCUGGCCCCACACUGCCUGGUGGUGUGGUGAUGCGGGGCCAAGUCAACGUGGUACGGCCACCUCAUCAGGCCCUCAGGAUGGCCGUACUGCUGGGUGACAAGGAAGCCACCUACCAGGUUGCCGGGAGUCAGGUCGUCAACAUGAGUGGCUGUGACCCCAUCCUGGAGAUGCCUCUGGACGGGUGUGACCUCCCCGACCUGACCACACCAGAAAAUGGAUACCUGUACUUUCAUUUCCACACCUGUCACACACCUGUGGUCUCUGCCCUGGCCUCCUCCACCACCCACACUGUGAAGGGCCUGAGCGGCCUGCAGGUGGUGGGCGGCGACUCUCUCACCAUCACUGGAUCAGGCUUUGGUGACCUGGCCUGCCAGGUAGAGGUCAGUGUUGGUGAAGCAUCCUGUAGUGUGACCUCUGCUUCAGACACCUCUGUGACCUGCGAUCUGGACGACCUGGACAACCUGAGGUCGGGUGCAUACCUGCCCAUCACUGUCAAGGCAAUCAACAGGGGCAUAGCAGUGACAGACAUCGCAGGGUACAGCAGUGAGGGCCGUGUGGUGGUGGUGCCGCAGGUGUCCUCCCUCAGUCCCCUGGAAGGCUCCCUGGGUGGCAGCACCCUGCUCACCAUCAGUGGAAGUAGUCUGCAGGGUCUGGUUGCCUCUCCUGUGGUGCUGGUGGGGGGCCAGACCUGUGUGGUGCAGAGUGUCUCCUCCACCACAGUCACCUGCCUCACUCCACCCUCCACCUCUGCCACCGUGGCCACCUUCACUCUGACUGUGGCCGGUGUGCCGGCCAAGAUGGACACCCUUACCUUCACCUACAGUGAGGCACUCACCCCUGUGGUCACCAGCAUGGCAGUGCAGGGCGAGGAAGUGACAUUGUCUGGCCACAACUUUGGCAGUGACAACACCAAGGUCACCAUCACUCUGGUGCAACAGUCGGUCCCCCAUGGCUGCCGAGAGGUGCCUCAGGAGGAGGAGAAGGAAGACUUGAUGGUGGAAGAAAGGGAAGAGUGGUGGUGGUGGUGCUGAAGGAUGAGGUUGAGGACUUCCUGGGUGUGGAGGCGGGUGAUGAGAUGGACUGCCUGGUGGAGACAGUGGCCGAGGAUGAGGAUAACGUGCUCAGUGGUAAGUACCUGCAUGGCCUGGGGCAGAAGGCGAGGCUGUCCCUGGUGGAUGUG